AUGGUUGAUUGGGAAAAUGGCAUUCAAACACAUUUUUGGCUUGAUAAUUGGUUGGAUGAACCUCUUGUAACCAAGUUCGAAAUUCUAGAUAUUUUUCACAACACCCUUAAUUCAAAGGUACUGAUAAUGGAAAAGUUGGUUGGGAAUAUCACCACUAAUAAUUCUAAUGCUUCCAUAUCGAAUUUCACUUUCUUGAAAAGUUUGGACAUAUCAAUUCAUCCUACCAAACCUUUGCAAAUCAAAGAGGUUUUUUGGUCUCCCCCUCCCUUAGGGUGGCUCAAGUGUAAUAUAGAUGGCCUAGCUAGAGGCCCCCUCUAUGCUCAUAUAUUGUGGUGGUAUCUUCUGAGAUGA